UCAUCACAGAGCGCAUGUUAGAGGCUGGAGGGAAAUGAAGAGAGGAAGCCAACCUCCAAACUUUCUUUGUUUUUAUCUUUGUUACUAAAAUGCAGGCCUUUUUCGGGUAACAGCUGGUUCCUCUGUCCGUUGGCUCUGUGCAGUCCAGUCCUGCCCUGUGGGGUUUUGCAGUAGGGAGGGAGGAGUUGGCAGGUCCAAGUUAUGAGUGCCAAACCCAAAAGAGCUGGCAUGGAUAGAUCUGGUGAUCCCUCAAGGCGGGGGAGAAAAACCAAGUCCACACCCUGGGGUGGAGGCUCAGAGGUGGGUGGACAGCAGCUGCCAGUGAAUGAGCAGAAAAGCACAGAACCGGGCCAUCAUUCACUUUCUGGACAAGGCGCAGCUAAAGCAACCUCCUCUCACCAUAUCACCUCAGGCAAUGAAGGAUCUCUCAGAGAAACGCAGCAGCCUCACAUGACAGAGAGCUUAGAAUCCAGCAAUGCAACGAGUGAUGCAAUGAAGAGCUUGCAGGCUUUGUGUGCAGGAGCCUCUGGGGAGACUGGAGUGGGCGGGGCUGCUUUAAAGGCCUCUGAGGAAGUGAGGAAAAGUUCUACCCCAGUACAGUCACGCCUGGCCUGGAAGACCAUGGUCAGACCAGCUUCUCCUCCAGAAGCACUUAAGAUCUUGAAUGCUGGAAGAAGCACUUCACCACCUCCUCAGUCAAAGCUACCUCAGAAACACAAAGGCCCAGCAAAACCGCAAGCAGCGGUGAGGAAAAAGAAGAGGAAGAUGGGUUUGUACAAUUUUGUUCCCAAGAAGAAAACCAAAGUGUCAGCUAAGCAGAAUCUCACUUUACCCUCUUCAAACAGCCAGAAAGAGGUGUUGCAUGGGACCAAAGGGGUGCAGCUGCAACUCGAGGAGGCAUUCAAACCCAGAACCAAACUUGAUGGCCAAGAAAAACAGAGUGGAAGAGCAGCUGGAGGAGUUGCAGCUGAAUCGGAGAACAAGAAUGAAACCGUGAAAGCUCCUCAAAAUGUCUGUGAAGAAUACACAGAGCUUCCUCUGUACUCUCUGGCCCAGGAGAGCAUGCUUGCAGCUAUACGCACAGGCUUGCCUGAAGAUAAAGAGAACAUGGAGGCAGAUGAGAUGCUGGAGCCACCGCUCUGCAGCUGCCGCAUGGAAACACCUAGGAACCAGGAUGUAGUAACGCUGGCAGAGGGGAAGUGCAUGGCUGUGGAGAGUGUAGAUGGGAAGCUGAGUUUAUGCCGGAGGCCGAUCCAGAAGCAGGAGAUGAUGCGGCCGUCUCUGCGGAUACCCUUGCUGGUGCUGUGCGAGGACCACCGGGCCGGCAUGGUCAAGCACCAGAGCUGCCCAGGCUGUGGCUUCUUCUGCAGGGCUGGAACCUUCAUGGAGUGCCAGCCAGAUGGUCACAUCUCUCACCGCUUUCACCGGAGCUGUGCCUCAGUGAUCCGCGGUCAGCUUUUCUGCCCUCACUGUGGGGAAGAGGCAAGCCAGGCUAAAGAGGUCACCAUCCCCAAAGCUGACCCUGUUACAACCUUGCCUGCCAUCACAACAGCUGCUUUGCCUAGAGACAAGAGAGACUCAGCUUCAGCAGAAAAACCUCCUGCGGGGCCUGGGGAACCUGCAGCAGAGUCAUUGGAGACAGUCCUGGAAGCACUGGAGGAUGGAAAGUAUAAGAAGUCAAAACUUCCCCCAAAGCAGCUCUACUUCUCAGCUAAGAGAGGCGAGCUUCAGCGAGUCAUGCAUAUGCUUGUAGAAGGGGUGGACCCGAACCUGCAGAUGGAGAGCGAGAGGAGGCGUACUCCUCUCCAUGCAGCUGCUGCUGAGGGCCACAAAGAAAUCUGCCACAUUCUAGUUCAGGCGGGUGCGAACCUGGACAUGUGUGACAAUCAGCAGCGGACUCCUCUGAUGGAUGCCUGUGAGAACAACCAUGUGGAAACGGUGGAGUACCUGUUGAAAGCUGGGGCCUCCACAGCGCAUAAGGAUAUAAGAGGAUCUACGUGUCUUCACAUGGUGGCUCGAGGAGGCCACACUGGCACUCUGCAGCAUCUCCUGUCUACUUCCUUUAUAGAUGUCAACUGUAAGGAUGAUGGAGGGUGGACACCCAUCACCUGGGCAACUGAAAAUAUGCACAAAGAGCAGGUAAAGCUGCUUAUCGCCAAGGGAGCCGACAUCCAUAUGAGGGACAAGGAGGAGAAUAUCUGUCUGCACUGGGCCGCAUUCGCAGGCUGUGAUGACAUUGCUCAGCUGCUGCUGGACAACAGGUCGGACCUGCACGCUGUGAACAUCCACGGAGACUCGCCUCUGCACAUCGCGGUCAGACAAAACCAGCUGGACUGUGUCAUGCUUUUCUUGUCGCGAGGUGCGAACGUAAGCCUAAAGAACAAGGAUGGAGAGACUCCUUUGAACUGCUGUACUGUCAACUCCAAGGUGUGGACCGUACUGAACACCAGCAAGAAGUUGACUGAUGCCCGUAAAGGCAGAGAAAGCCAGGGAGAGAAGCUCCUCUGCAGAGAUCUGUCGCGUGGCUAUGAGGAGGUCCCUGUGGCCUGUGUGAAUGGAGUGGACCAAGAGCCCUACCCAAAUGACUUUAAAUAUGUCCCUGAGAACUGUUUCACCACUCAGGUGAACAUCGAUGAAAAUAUCACACACUUACAGCACUGCACAUGCAAAGACGAUUGCUCCUCCAGUAACUGCAUAUGUGGUCAGCUCAGCAUGCGCUGUUGGUAUGACAGGGAGGGGCGUCUGUUGCAGGAGUUCUCUAGAGAAGAUCCACCCUUCUUGUUUGAGUGUAACCAUGCCUGCUCGUGCUGGAGAACAUGCCGGAACAGAGUGGUGCAGAACCGACUACGGGUACGGCUGCAGGUUUUCCGGACUGCUAGAAUGGGCUGGGGUGUGAGAGCUCUGCAGGAUAUUCCUGAAGGAACCUUCAUAUGCGAGUUUGCUGGUGAGAUCAUUUCAGAUGGAGAAGCGAACGCCAGGGAGAACGACUCAUACAUGUUCAAUCUGGACAAUAAGGUUGGUGAGGUCUACUGCAUUGAUGCCCAGUUCUAUGGCAAUGUAAGCAGGUUUAUGAACCACCUGUGUGAACCCAAUCUGUUUCCUGUGCGAGUGUUCACAAAGCACCAGGACCUGCGUUUCCCACGUGUUGCUCUCUUCUCCAGCAAAGCCAUAAAAGCUGGAGACGAGCUUGGCUUUGACUAUGGAGAUCAGUACUGGGAGAUCAAGAGGAAGUAUUUCAGCUGUCAGUGUGGUUCUCCGAAGUGCAGGCACUCGGGGGCCGUCUUGGGCCGCAGCCAUGUGAACAGCUCAGCCCAAACGCCCACUGUCCAGUCCUCAGCUCAGGUAGCCAGCACUGAGCGCAUUCACUCGGCCAGCACUGCCAGAACAGUAACCCUACCCUGAGGUCUGCCUCGAGAACAAGUACAGUAGACUGCAGCCAUGAAGUGUUUUAGGUGCGACUAUAUGAUCGUGUUUCUUGACAGUAAUCUAUCAUGUCAAUAUACUGUAUUUUUUAAACUCCAUAAAUUGGAGUAAAUUUUAUACAAAUGCACACAGAUUAUUGCACAUGAGUAGAAUACAUUUUAAAGCUAAUUUUACAGCAUAUCAAAUAUAGAUAUCAGUUUGGAUGAAAUGAUGUCAGAAUUGUUUAAGGAGGCUGGAAAAACACACUUGAUUAAAAAAGAGGUGGAGAUGUUUAGCAUGCUAUCUACUACAUCACUACUUAAUCACUGAUGUGUUUGAGUAGCUGAGACUUGUACAGAUGUUAAAUUGAUGUCCUUAACAUAGCUAAGAUUAGGAAGAAGCUGUUGAGCAAGAUGCUGUUAAAAUUUUAAUGCCCUUUGAAGAGGUUUUUUUAAAUAUAUUUUUCUAAUCAUCCCAAUUUUAUCAUGUUCUCAGUACUGGCAAUAAUUAUAAUCAUGUGAUGAAUAAAGCUUUUUU